AUGGAAUCCGCAAAGCCUCAGUGGAAUUGGCCAUCUGACCUUCCAGAUGGUCCAGAACACUCUCAAGCUGCCGAAGCCGAAAUACCACAAUUCAGCCGGCAUGCGACCCAAAGCCGGGACGAGAAACACAACCAACACCAGGAGCAGCCCCAACCUGAGGCUCCCCCCAAGCAACGAUAUUAUGGCUCGCGAACGUGCCGCAUCUGCUUCGAAGUGGUCAACCCCACCUUUGAGGAGCCAACGGUCAUGAGUGGGUUCAUGAGCAGGCCUCCACGACCGAUCUACAAGUCCGAAGACCCUGAGUCCGGGCGCCUCAUCUCACCAUGCAAGUGCAAGGGAUCUCAGCGCUACGUCCACGAGGGUUGUUUACAGGCCUGGAGAUACGCCGACUCGACUGCCACACGAAAUUUCUUCGCAUGUCCUACUUGUGGCUACCAGUACAAACUCGAGCGACUGUCAUGGGCGAACCGCUUGCAGGGUGCCUUUGCACAAAUAUCACUGACCAUACUCAUCUUUGUUGUCUCGGUUUUCAUCCUCGGCUUUAUCGCUGAUCCGAUUCUGAAUAUUUGGUCUGAUCCUAUAGGCGCAAUUGCCGAUGUUGCUGCAAACGUGCUUGAAGACAUCGAAGCCAUCCAAGAACCCGCACCGGAGAUGCAUGAAGAGCCUGGAACAUGGCUAGAGCAUUUCUUCAAGGGAUUCUUAUCCCUCGGCCUACUCGGAUUCCUCAAGACCCUCCUCCUCAUGACACCAUGGCAAUGGUGGCAGCUUCGAUCUAGCGGUUUUCUUGGUUCGACUGGCCGUCGAGGCGGAACAGGACGUGCGCGUGUCGAGAACAUGAACAUGGCUCUUGUCUUUUUGGGUGCAGCGACCUUCAUGUGGGGUGUUUGGAAAGGUGUGAGAAAGUUCAGUGCCUCUGCUCUGCAACGCGCGAGCGACCGAGUAUUUGAUGUGGGUGGCGGCGAUGACGAAGAUGAAGAUGUCAAGGAAGACUAA